AUGGAUGACGAUGCGGCGAAGCAGCUUAUCAGCCACGAGCGCACCAAACCACCCGAUCCCGAGAUUCGACAGAAUGCAGUGUACGGUUUGCAAUCGUUACCGGUCCCAUCGAACGGCUUAUCACCCAAUUCCGAUAAGGAGUUUCUUGGCAAGCAAAAGUUUUUCUUCGAAAUCUUGCGCCAUCUUCAUCAGCCGCUAGCCAUCCCUGAAUACUUACCAUACACUAAAGGAUGGAUCCAGGAGCAAAGCAAAUACCAGAACUACACGGAAGUGACCGAGUUCCAGCGUGCGUUCGAGCAAGGCUUCCUCGGUAAGGGCGCCAUCUUUACGAUCUACAACUACUGGUACGCGAAGCAAACGAUGCUGCUGUACCGUUUCUUCGAGAAUGCACUCGACUGGGAUACGUACUACAAGAACGUGAUCUGGGCCCGGCAGCACACCAACGAGGGUAUGUUCCUGUGUGCCCUCACACUCUCCGUACUGCACCGGCCGGAUCUGCAGGGUAUCGUUCUGCCGGCCAUCUACGAGGUGAUACCGCAUCACUUCUUCGAAGCCGAUCUCUUCCAGGAUGCCACAAACCGGCGUGCGAUGGAUCGGGAGUAUGGCUUCUACGCCAAUCCGAAGUAUAAUGUGGCACGCUCGAACUAUAGUUCCACCUUUUCAACGCGUUUCUACGGCGAAGGAUCGCUAGCGUACUUUACCGAGGAUGUUGGGUUGAAUGCGUACUACUACUACUUCAUGAUGGAUUAUGCGCCGUUCCUGGGAGGAGAUAAGCUUGGUCUGAACAAGGAUCGACGCGGUGAGCUGUAUCUGUUUAUGCAUCAGCAGCUGCUGGCUCGUUACUACCUGGAGCGCAACUCGAACGGACUGGGCCCCAUACAGGAACUAACCUGGGAGACACCGGUUGCGACCGGGUACUAUCCGAUGUUGAGCUACUGGAAUGGGGUGCCGUUCCGGGCGCGUGAGAACAACUUCCUCUGGCGACCGUACGAUCCGGUGAAGCUGGCCGGAAUGAAGGCCCACGAAGAACGUAUCCGGCAGGCGAUCGAUCGGGGUUACGUGGAGGGGCGUGUCGAUGGUCAGCGCAUUGAUUUGCGCCGACCGGAAGCCAUCGAUACCGUCGGUAAUCUGGUGAGCGGCAGUGUGGAUAGUGUGAACGCGGAUUACUACAAGAUGAUCGAAACGACGGCCCGGAUGGUGCUGGCCCAGGGUGACUAUUAUGGUUCCGUGGGUGAGGUUUGGCCCGGUCCACUGAUGCACUACGAGACGUCGAUGCGUGAUCCGGCGUUCUAUCAGUUCUACCAGCGGUUGCUGAGCUUUUAUUGGGAUUUCAAGAGCUAUCUACCGCCUUACACGGUGGCGCAGCUCACGUACGAUGGUGUCGAGAUACGGAGCGUCACCGUCGAUCGGCUCGUUACCUUCUUCGAGCCGUACGAUGCGGAUAUCAGUAACGGGCUAGGGUACGAUUAUGGUGGUGAACGGUCCAGCUGGAACUUUACCGUGAUGGCACGGAAGGACCGACUAAAUCACAAACCCUUCAGCUACGUCCUGAACGUUAGCUCGCAGUUUAGCGGCAAAGGCAUCGUCCGGAUGUACAUGGGGCCCCGGAUGUACGGUCUUGGGCAGCUGCAGUACAUGAAGAAGUUCUUCGUCGAGAUGGACCAGUACGCGGUGGAGCUGGUUGCCGGGGAGAACCAGAUAAAGCGCAACACGCGUGACUUCUACUACGACAUCCGGGAUCGGACCACCUACUCGGAGUUGUACAGGCGCAUCAUGAAGGCGUACCGUGGUGAGGAGCAGUUCGUGCUCGACAUGUCGGAGGUCCACUGUGGGUGGCCUGAUCGGUUGCUGCUACCGAAGGGGCAACCGAAUGGUUAUCCGAUGAGUUUCUUCUUCAUCAUCACACCGUACGUUCCGCCGAAGGUGAGCCAGUUCUCCACCUUCGAUGCUACGUACACGUGUGGUACGGGUUCGGGCUCGAAGUAUAUCGAUGAUUUACCGUUUGGAUUUCCCUUCGAUCGGGAGAUCGAUUUUAGUAACUUUGCGACGAAAAAUAUGAUCUUCACCGAUGUGUCCGUGUUUCACGUCAAUGGUAAUCAGCAGAAUGAAUCGCAUUGA